AUGAACGACGACGAUCAAUCACAUGAACAGAAUACUUCAAAAAACGUACCUACAACAUUACAAAAUCCGUCGCUAGUUGUCAAUUCUAUGUUAACAGCUUUAGCUCAAAGUUUACUUCCAUCUUCAACAGAUCAACAACAAUUCUUAGCUGAUUUACAAGCAGCAGCAACAUUAGUGAAUAAACAAAAAAUAUCAUCAACAAGUGAUAAUAAUAAUUCAAUUGAAUUUAAUUGCCAUAUAAAAACAAGCCCUACAGAUAAUGAAGAUGUUGUACCACAGAUAACACAAGCAAAACGACGUGCAACACAUAAUGCUGUUGAACGACGACGUCGUGAUCGUAUCAAUCAACACAUACAACAACUAUCAAAGCUAAUACCCGAUUGUAGUAAUUAUGUCAAGAAUCAAAGUAAAACAGUUGUAUUAGAAAAAACAAUUGCGCACUUACAUGAACUUCGUACACAGAAUCUUGCGUUGGUCAAACAAACAGUUGAUGCGGGAAUAAUUCUUCAUGAAAAUGAUUUACUAAGAGAGCGGAUUCGUGCAGUCGAACAAGAAAAUGAAGUAUUAAAAUCUUUGUUAACAAAACAAAACCUAUUAAAUGGGAGUGAAUCAUCUUUAUCAUGA